AUGUUUGAUGGCAGGAGUUUUGGUGGAUGGAAAAGAGGGAUGUGGAUAGCCCUUACAGCAAAAAAUAAAUCUAGUUUUGUUGAUGGAUCUUCCCGUGAACCAAGUGCAGGAGCUGAUCUGCACAGAGCUUGGUCUAGGGCCAACAACAUGAGGCUAGAUUUGGCCAAAGCUCGGGUGCUAGACUUUUUCAACUCCAAAGGCUUAGUGACCUUACUCAAGGCGUACGAUAUUGCAACCUAUUUUACCAAGAUGAAACGACUGCGGGAUGAGUUGGACACCUUGGACUCUUUUUUACCAUGUCUUUGUGAAUGUUCCUGUAGAGUAAAGGAAAAGAAUGUCAAAUUUAAGCAAGAUGAGAGGUUACUUAAGUUUUUGAUGGGUUUAAAUGAUACUUAUUGUGGUGCAAGGGGAAACAUUCUAAUGAUUUCAUCUCUGCCUACUGUAUCAAAUGCUUAUGCACUUUUAAUUCAAGAAGAAAAACAAAGAGAACUUCAAAACACACCAAAAUUCCCAGGGGAAUCUUCUUCUUUUGUUGCUACAAACACAAGUAAUGGGCAGAGGACCUUCUUUACUGAUUUUAGGGGACAAAGGACUGGUUAUGACAACAAAAGAUCUGCACUCAUUUGCAAAUAUUGCAAGAAAACAAGACAUUUGAUUGAUAAGUGCUAUAAGCUACAUGGUUUUCCUCUUAAUUUCAAGUUCACUAAACAGAAGAAUUUUCAGAACAGUGCACAGGGAAAUGCAGUUUCAUCAAAUGAUUAUGGAGAGAAUUUUAACACAGAUACAGAAGUGCAAGGAAAAUUGCUUUCUAAUGAACAACUUGCCCAAGUGAUGCAGAUGUUGUAG